GAAGUUCUGCAGACAGAGAGGAAAGACACACACAGUCAGAGAGCAUGUGGCGAGCGGGUCUCCUGGGGUUGAGCUUGUGCGCCACCCUAACAAUGGCCCAGUUUCCCCGGGAGUGUGUCACCCCCGUGGGGCUGCAGAGCGGGCAGUGCUGCCCGUCUCCCACGGGGCUGGCGGGGGACGAGUGUGGCUCCAGUACCGGACGGGGCCAGUGCGUGAGCAUCGCGGCCGACAGCCGGCGUCACGGACCCCAGUACCCCCACGACGGGCGCGACGACAGGGAGAGGUGGCCGCUGCGUUUCUUCAACCGCACGUGCCGGUGUAAUGGCAAUUUCACCGGGUACAACUGUGGGCGCUGUCGACACGGGCUGACCGGGCCCAACUGCGACCAGAGAAUAUCUGUGGUGAGGAGGAACGUGAUGCAGCUGAGCCCAGCUGAGAAGCAGGCGUUUGUGAACGCCUUGGACCAGGCUAAGAGGACCGUUCACCCCGAGUUGGUUGUCUGCACCAGACGGCACCAAGAGAUGUAUGGGCCUGAUGGUAACACCCCACAGUUCGAAAACAUCACAGUUUACAACUACUUCGUUUGGACUCACUACUACUCAGUCAGUAAGACCUAUCUGGGACCGGGCCAGGCCAGUUUCGGAGGGGUGGAUUUCUCCCACGAGGGGCCGGGCUUCGUGACCUGGCACCGCUACCACCUGCUGCAGCUCGAGAGAGACAUGCAGGACAUGCUGAGGGAUCCAACCUUUGCCUUGCCCUACUGGAACUUUGCCAUCGGGGGCAAUGAGUGUGACAUAUGUACCGACGACCUGAUGGGAGCCAGGAGCAGCUUUGAUAUGAGCUCCAUUAGCCCCAACUCUAUCUUCUCCCAGUGGAGGGUCAUCUGUGAGAGCGUGGGUGACUAUGACACUCUGGGCACCAUCUGCAACAGCACAGAGACUAGUCCUAUCAGGAGGAACCCAGCAGGUAACGUGGCGCGGCCCAUGGUGCAGAGGCUGCCCGAGCCUCAAGACGUGGUGCAGUGCCUGGAGCUCAACACCUUCGACACACCUCCCUAUUACUCCACCUCCUCCGAGAGCUUCAGGAACACCAUCGAAGGCUACAGCGCCCCCCAGGGGCUAUAUGAUCCAGCAGUCCGCAGCCUCCACAACUUGGCCCACCUAUUCCUGAACGGGACCGGUGGACAGACCCAUCUUUCCCCCAAUGACCCCAUCUUUGUACUGCUGCACACUUUCACUGAUGCAGUCUUCGAUGAGUGGGUCCGUAGGCACAGCCCAGGUGAGGCAGUGUACCCCGAGGAGAACGCUCCUAUCGGUCACAACAGCAGGUUCAACAUGGUUCCUUUCUGGCCCCCUGUCACCAACGCUGAGAUGUUUGUCUCCGCCCCAGAAAACCUGGGCUACUCCUAUGAAGUCCAGUGGCCCACCCGAGCCUACACAGUGUCGGAGAUAAUCACCAUAGCCAUUGUUGCAGCGGUGCUGGUAGGGGCAGUGAUGUGCGGGGUCAUCGCCUGUGCCGUUCGUGCCCGCUCCUAUCGUUCGGCUGAGGCCCUGGAGCCUCUGCUGGGAGAGACCUUCCGACGCUACUCGGAGGAUGACCGGAGGUUUGACAAAUCACAGUCCGUUGUCUAG